AUGGCCCUUUUGCUCGCCAAGCGCAUCGCCAGCGUCGGCCGCGCGCUCGCCGCCGCUUGCCGCCGUGCCUGCCUGCGGAUCCUGCCGCUGCUGGGUCGCCGGCGGCUGCUGCUGCUGCUGCUGCUGCUGCUGCUGCUGCUGCUGCUGCUGCUGCUGCUGCUGCUGCUGCUGCUGGGGCUGCUGCUGCGGCUGGAAGGCCUGCGGCUGCUGCUGCUGCCACGUGCCCGCGGCGACGACGCCUGCGACAGGCGGGUACCCGGCUGA